GACGAUGAUCCAAUGUCUACUCAAACCACGCCCACAGAAGGAGCCCCACCCCCUACAGAGACCACGCCCUACCUCUCCCCCCUCGCCCCUAAUAUUGAUAACAUUGAGACACUGCUAAUAACACUGUUACAAACUCAUACACUCUAUAUUGGUGGGUGUGGCUCUGUGGAGACCACACCCACCACUAACGGCACUAGUAAUGGACCUAUUGAUAGUACUGGUCCUUCCAUUAUUGAUAUAAACCCACUGUCACUGGACACUCUCAGUAAUGAGCAGAUUAAUUAUUUAAUAACUAGUAAUGCUGUGAAUUACGCUUCAAUACAGCAGGCAAUGACCCAGAGAUAUAAUAGACAAUAUAACAUACAGAAAGAUGAUUCUGUUCUAUUGAAUGAAGUUCGUUUACAUUCUCCUUCUCCUCUACCUCAAGCCCCUCCUACUCCAGCCCCGCCCACCCUCAGUCCCGGCACUACCCUCACUAUAACGUCCAACCAGUUGAGAGAGUUACAGUCUCAGUUAUCAUCAUUACUUCAGCAGCAGUCGGCCAGUACUGGAGGGGGCGGAGUCUCAUUAGGGGCGGGGCUACAGCAGCCAUCAAUAGAUGCUAUUAAUCAAUUACUGAAACAUCAAAUACUGAACAUAAUGACAGGGACAACCCCCAGCACUGAUGAGAACACAACUAACAAUGAACCACCACCACCACAGACUACACCUGGUGCUUCCCUCCCUCCUUCAUUCUCCAUUCCUCCUCCUCCUACUGCUACUGGACCCUCUCAACCACACACUACUAAUAACACCACCACUGCUAGUAGUAGUAGUGCUAGUGCUGUUAGUACUGCUGCUGGUGGUAAUGGCACUGGUGCUGGUGCUGGUAAGAAGAAGAAAGACCAGGAGAAGAGGCCUCCCACUGCAUUCAAUUAUUAUUUCUCUGACGUUUAUCAUAAAGUUAUUGAGGAGAAUCCUAAUUUGCCAUUUUCUGAAGUGUCCAAGAUAGUAUCAUCAAUGUGGAAUGUACUAGGACAAGAAGGAAAGAAGAAGUAUUAUGAUAAACAAGAGGAAAUGAAACAAUCUCAAUCUCAUAGGCAGGACACACCCACUACACCAACCACGCCUACUGCUAGUGCCACGCCCACUUUAUCAGUCCCUACUAAACCGACUAACAAGAGACCGAGGAAAGGAAGCAAAGAAGGAACCAAUGAAGAAAUAAUAGUUAAAAGGAGGAAGACUGAUGGUAUGUGUGUUGCUGUUGGUUGCUACAACAUGUCCUCAUAUGAAGAGGAGAGAGGAUACAAGUACUGCUCCAAUGACUGUAUAGUGAACCACUGCAGGGCAGUGUUUAAUGAGUGGGUCUCUGGAAGAAAACAAAACUUAAAAACAUAAAACUGGAGUAUUAUUUACUUCUACACUAACAAUGUAUUAUACACUCAGUCCUCAUUUAUGUAUUUUGUGACUGUUACUAUUAAUAGAUGUA